CGGAGCGCGGCCCCGGAGGAUCCCUCUCGCCAUGCAGACCCGGCGGCGCCUGCUGCUUCCCGAGGAUCAAGUAGAACACACUGAUUCAGCAGAACUGGCUGGUUGUGCUGCAGUCAUCAUGAGUAGGCACAGGGUCAUUCGUUUCUUAACAUAUGUGUAAGAGAAAAAGGUUCAGACAAGAAUCUGGUGGUCUUUCCCUGACAAAUGGAGAACUAUUUCCAAGCAGAGGCAUAUAACCUCGAUAAGGUUUUAGAUGAAUUUGAGCAAAACGAAGAUGCCGCUGUUUCACCUACACUGUUGGGUGCAAAGUGGAAUCAGAUUCUAGAUCCGCCUUCUCGUCGUCUGUCAUUUAACCCAACCGUGGCCAAUGUGAAUGAAACUACAACUCCUAAUGAAUGUCAACAGAGAUUAAAGUCUUUCUCCCUGUCUCAUUCAGUGACUACGCCAACAGGAGAGGAUCACUGUGCUAAUGGAAAGGAUUUUAGCAUAAGCCCAGAGACCCCAGUCAUGUGGAUUGAUGAUCAGGUAGCAGCAGACGAUCAAUUGAUUAAAAGAAAUAGUAAUCGGGAUGAUCAGUGUAACACUGUGGAAACAGGAGAAAAGAAGUAUGGAAAUAUAGCUUGCUUGCCAGAGGAGAAAAAUGUACUAGUGGUGGCAGUCAUGCAUAACUGUGACAGAAGAACACUACAAAGUGGCGAUUUGCUGGAUUGUAAAAAUUACAACAGUCAGUCCCUAAUGGACACUAUUAGCUUUACACUGGAUAAUGAAAACCGACAGAGUGAUCAGUUUAGUGUUACUGUAAAUGGAUCCAUGGAAAAAGAUACAGAUACAGAAAAGCAAGUAAAUCGGCUGUGCACUGAAGAUGACUCUAUAAGUCAUUUGAUUAAUGCUUCAUCUGAAAGCCUGACUGUUGCAUGCCCGUCCUCUCAAUUAAAGGAUGAUUUUAAUAUGAAUAAAGAUUCACUGUUUUCAGAAGCUACAACUGCAGGGAUUAAUGCAGUGACUCUCUUACAGAGACCAGUUGAAGGUACUGUUAAAAUGCAAGAAAAUUGUGUAUCAGUUGAAAAUUUUACUAGUAAAGCCAUUCCUCAGAGAACGGAUCUAGAAGCUAAAAACUCUUCUUCUGGUUCAAGUAAUGGAGGCUUAACCGUAGAACAGGAAACAACCCAACAGUUACAGUCUAGGCUAUCUGGGCUCACCGAAACUUGUCAACCUAACGUGGCUGGAAGUGGCAAUUACAAGGAACGUGUUGCAGAACAUUUUGCCCCUGAGGAUGUUAGUGCCACUGAAAGCGAAGUUGUUGAAUGUGAUAAAAAUCUUGGUGCAACGGAAUUGCUCAGCAUGGCAGAGUGUUACCCUGAAUCUCAGGAGAUGACUAAUCGGGAACUGACUAAGUUGAAUGAGAUGAAUAAUAAGCAAACUCUAGGAGAGCAUGAAAGACUUUUGCAGACAAAACAGCCUGAUGAGGCAUGUAGUAAUAGUAAGGAAGGUGGAGAUGGGAUGAUGGAGGCAGGCAUAGACUUAAAAGGGACUGGUAUAGAUGAGCUUGAAGGGUCGAGUCUCUCUGAUGUGAUGGCUACAUCAGCAGCAAGCUCUGUGUCUAAUGGUUGUGAUUCCUAUGGAAUGCAGAACCCAGUUGUCGCUCAUGUUCCAAAGACGUUACCCUCCAAGGAAGACUCAGUAACAGAGGAAAAGGAGAUAGAGGAGAGCAAGUCAGAAUGUUAUGCUAAUGUUUAUGAACAGAGAGGAAAUGAGACCACAGAAGGGAGCAGUCUUAUUUUAAACAGCACUGGUGACCACAUAAAGAAAAAUUAUUUCCAUAAUCUUUGUAGUCAAGUUUCAUCCAUGCAAGGGCAAACUUCACCAAAACCAGUGACUAAUCUGCAAUCUAUCAGUGUUCCUUUUGGUGGUGCAAGACCUAAACAACCUACAAAUCUUAAACUGCAGAUUCCGAAGCCAUUAUCAGACCACUUACAAAAUGAUCUUAUUCCCCCAAAUUGUGGAGGUAAUAGUAAAAACAAAAAUGUCUUUGGUAAGACACAAUUAGGGGAUACAGCAGACGCGUUUCCUGGUGAAACGUCUUUAAAUCCCUCUGUUACUGAUACUAAUGGGGAACAUUUGGAAGACUAUGAAUCUGGAGUCUCUAGUAGUCCGUGCCUUGCAGUAGCCCCAGAUAGUCCAGAUAAUGAUCUCAGAGCUGGUCAGUUUGGAGCUCCAGCCAGAAAGCCUUUUACAACUUUGGGUGAGGUGGCUCCAGUUUGGGUUCCAGAUUCUCAAGCACCAAACUGUAUGAAAUGUGAGGCCAGAUUUACAUUCACCAAAAGAAGGCAUCAUUGCAGAGCUUGUGGGAAGGUUUUUUGUGCGGCAUGCUGUAGCCUGAAGUGCAAGUUGCUGUACAUGGAUCGAAAGGAAGCUAGAGUGUGUGUAAUCUGCCAUUCAGUACUAAUGAAUGCUCAAGCCUGGGAGAACAUGAUGAGUGCCUCAAGCCAGAGUCCUAACCCUAACAAUCCCGCUGAAUACUGUUCUACUAUCCCUCCUUUGCAGCAGGCUCAGGCCUCGGGCGCCCUGAGCUCUCCGCCUCCCACUGUCAUGGUACCUGUGGGAGUUUUAAAGCAUCCUGGAGCAGAAGUGGCUCAACCUAGAGAACAAAGGCGUGUUUGGUUUGCUGAUGGGAUAUUACCCAAUGGAGAAGUUGCCGACGCAGCAAAAUUGACAGUGGCUGGGACAACUUCCACAGGAACCUUAGCAGUGUCGCAUGAUCCAUCAAAACCUGUGACCAACAACACUUUAUCAGCAGAAACUGAUAAUGCUUCUGUAUUCUCGGGAAAUAUAACUCAGGUUGGCAGUCCUGUUGGCAGUGCAAUGAAUCUAAUUCCUGAAGAUGGUCUUCCUCCAAUUCUCAUCUCCACUGGAGUAAAAGGAGACUAUGCUGUAGAAGAGAGACCUUCUCAGAUUUCUGUCAUGCAACAGCUUGAGGAUGGUGGCCCUGACCCUCUUGUAUUCGUUUUAAAUGCUAAUUUGCUGUCGAUGGUAAAAAUAGUAAAUUAUGUGAACAGGAAGUGCUGGUGUUUCACUACAAAAGGCAUGCAUGCAGUGGGACAGUCAGAGAUAGUCAUCCUCUUGCAAUGUUUGCCAGAUGAGAAAUGUUUGCCUAAGGAUAUCUUUAACCAUUUUGUGCAACUUUACCGGGAUGCGUUAGCAGGUAAUGUUGUUGGCAAUCUGGGACACUCCUUUUUCAGCCAGAGCUUCCUUGGAAGCAAAGAACAUGGAGGGUUCUUGUACGUUGCAGCUACGUAUCAGUCCCUGCAAGACCUGGUGCUCCCAACCCCACCGUACUUGUUUGGCAUCCUCAUUCAGAAAUGGGAGACUCCCUGGGCUAAAGUGUUCCCCAUUCGGCUGAUGUUGAGACUUGGAGCGGAAUACAGACUUUAUCCAUGCCCACUUUUUAGUGUCAGAUUUCGUAAGCCUUUGUUUGGAGAGACUGGACACACGAUUAUGAACCUUCUUGCAGACUUCAGAAAUUACCAGUACACGCUGCCUGUGGUCCAAGGUUUAGUGGUUGAUAUGGAAGUCAGAAAAACCAGCAUCAAAAUUCCUAGCAACAGAUAUAAUGAGAUGAUGAAAGCCAUGAACAAAUCCAACGAGCAUGUUCUAGCAGGGGGAGCGUGCUUCAAUGAGAAGGCAGACUCGCAUCUGGUGUGUGUUCAGAAUGAUGACGGGAAUUACCAGACACAGGCCAUCAGCAUCCAUAAUCAGCCGAGGAAGGUGACUGGUGCCAGCUUCUUUGUGUUCAGUGGAGCUUUAAAAUCCUCUUCAGGCUACCUUGCCAAAUCCAGUAUAGUAGAAGAUGGAGUAAUGGUCCAGAUAACUGCUGAGAACAUGGACUCUUUGAGGCAGGCCUUGAGAGAGAUGAAAGACUUCACCAUCACUUGUGGCAAAGUAGAUGCUGAAGAUCCUCAGGAACACGUUCAUAUUCAGUGGGUAGAAGAUGAUAAAAACUUUAGUAAGGGUGUUGUAAGCCCUAUUGAUGGCAAAUCAAUGGAGUCUAUAACAAGUGUGAAGAUAUUUCAUGGCUCAGAGUACAAGGCAAACGGAAAGGUCAUUCGGUGGACAGAGGUGUUUUUCCUGGAAAAUGAUGAGCAACAUAAUGGUCUGAGUGACCCAGCCGAUCAUAGCAGACUGACUGAAAACGUGGCAAAGGCUUUCUGUUUAGCUCUCUGUCCUCAUCUUAAGUUGUUGAAAGAAGAUGGAAUGACUAAGCUAGGUCUGCGUGUAACACUUGACUCAGAUCAAGUCGGUUAUCAAGCUGGGAGUAAUGGACAGCCACUGCCCUCUCAAUACAUGAAUGACCUGGACAGUGCCUUAGUUCCAGUGAUUCAUGGAGGGGCAUGUCAGUUGAGUGAGGGGCCAGUCAUAAUGGAGCUCAUCUUUUAUAUUCUGGAAAACAUCUCAUAAGAGGACUUCAUUUUCUGUUCAGACCUGUUCCAGCAGCAGUUGUAUCUGAAUCAUUUGCACUUUAAAACUGGAAAAUUAAGCUUUUGUUAACACUAUUGGGGGAGGGGGGGAGGAGGGAGGG